CAGACAACGCGCUCAAGAUGGCGGCGCCGGCAGAGGCGGAGGCGGCCGCGGGAGCCACCGAGGCGGCUGAAGCGGCGGAACUGAGCCGCGCGCUAGGCCGUCUACUACCGGGGCUGGAGACUGAAAGUAAGCUGGGGCGGCGGCGCGCGCUGGAGGCCCUGGAGCACGCCCUGGAAGAAGCGGUGCGGCCCGGCGCGGACUCCGCUGCCUUCCAGGGCCCCUGGGCUCAUCUGCUGCUGCCGCGCCUGCUGCGGCUUCUGACCGACCCGGCCGAGGGCUGCCGCGCGCUGGCCGCUCACCUGCUGGACUUAGGCCUGCGCCGCGCCGCGCGGCCCCGCGACGCCCUGCCGCGCCUGUUGCCCGCGCUCACCGCGCGCCUGGCCCGACCUGACCCGGCGCGGCCGCCGCCCGAGCCCUGCGAGGAGCUGCGCCUUGCCCUCGUGCAGCUGCUCCGCCUGGCUGUGGACCUGGGCGGCGCCGCGCUCGCUCCCCACCUGGACGACGCGGUGCGCGCGCUGCGGGGCUCGCUGCUCGACCCGUUCGCCGCCGUGCGCCGCGAGAGCUGCGAGUGCGCAGCCGCUCUGGCGCGUGCCACUCCGGAACACUUCCACAUGCAGUCGGAGUCCCUGAUAGGCCCCUUGAUGCAGACCAUCUCCCACCAGCACUGGAAGGUCCGGGUGGCCGUCAUCGAAGCCACAGGCACUGUGAUCCAGUUUGGCAAUGGGAGUUCCGUGGACGAUGUGCUUUCCCACUUUGCUCAGAGACUCUUCGAUAAUGUCCCUCAGGUCCGGCAGGCAGUGACCGCGGUGAUGGGGGGAUGGCUGCUGAAUCUUCGUGACCGCUACUCUUUCUUCCACAAACUCAUCCCACUGCUGCUCAGCGGCUUCAGCGAUGAAAUGCCUGAGGUCCGGCAGACAGCCACCAGCCUCUGGGAGAAGGUCGGGCUGCAGUGGCAGGAGGAGAAUGAGGCAGAUCUAAAGGACAAGCUGGAUUUUGCUUCACCUCCGCCUCCCCAGUACCCUGAGCAUGAGAGCCGGCCUGGCCUGGGCUGUCGAGAGCUGGUCUUCAGGAACCUCUCCAAGGUGCUUCCCGCUGUCUGUCAUGACAUCACCGACUGGGUGGUAGGGACUCGGGUGAAGGCAGCACAGCUGCUGCCCGUGCUGCUGCUGCACGCAGAAGACCACAUCACGCAGCACCUGGAGAUCAUCCUCCGAACCCUGCAGCAGGCGUGUGCGGAUGAGGAGAAGGCUGUGCUCAGCAGUUGUGUAAGAGCUGCAGAGCUCAUUGGCACCUUCGUCAACCCAGAAGUGUUUCUGAAACUGAUCUUAGCCAUGCUGAAGAAGUCACCCUCUGCCUCUGGCCUCUUGAUUCUCGCUUCUGUCAUCCAGGGCUGCCCCCGGAAUGCCCUCCAGCCACACCUCAAGCUUAUAGCCACAGAGCUGGCCCAGGAGCACAUCUGCCAGGGGUCUGAGAAUAGUCUCUACCUGGAACAUCUGCUGCUGUGUGUGCAGGCCCUGCUGUCUGUGUGUCAGGAAGACUGUCGUGCCGCCAGCCUGCAGCUCCUGGAGGUGCUGGUGACAAUAAUGGCUGUCUCGAGUGCCACAGGCCUUGGGAAGAAGGCCCAGAAGACCAUGGACACACUGGCUGAGGUGGAGGACAUCCCCAGCAGUCAGGACCUAUUCCGCAAGCAUGUGGGCGCACUCCUGGAACGGCUGACUGCUUCGCACGGCGAGUGGACAGUGCAUUCUGUGCAGUUGCUGAAGUUCACCGUGGUCCUCACCCAGGCAGGCCCAGCUGUGGGAGAGGCGCUGCAGCAUGUGAUCCCCACCCUCAGGGCCUGUCUCCAGCCCACCACAGACCCGCACAUGCGCCUGAAGCUCUUCUCCAUCCUAUCCACCAUGCUGCUGAGGCCUAAGGACACUGUCGACUCUCAGGGACAGUUUCAUGGCUACUUGGAGACGGUAGUGAAUGACAUCCUGGCCCCCAGCCUGCAGUGGCACGCAGGGAGAACAGCUGCCGCCGUCCGGACGGCCGCCAUAUCCUGUCUGUGGGCACUCACCAGCACUGACAUCCUGUCGGCCAAGCAGGUACAAGAGGCGCAGGAGACCCUGAUGCCACGAGUGCUGGCCACGCUGGAGGAUGACUCCCAGACCACACGCCUGGUCUCCUGCCGAAUCAUCAGCAUGUUCCUCAAGAACUCAGGGGAUACCAUGGAGCCAGAGAAAUUCCUCAAGGUCUAUCCUGAGCUCUUGAAGCGCCUCGAUGACGUCUCCAACGAUGUGAGGAUGGCAGCCGCUUCCUCUCUGCUCGCCUGGCUGAGGUGUGUGCGGAGCUUCGAGGGGAAAGACGCCUACCAGAGCAGCGUGCAGUUCCUGUACAGGGAGCUGCUGGUCCACCUGGACGACCCUGAAAGCGCCAUUCAGGACACUGUCCUUGAAGUCCUCAAGGAGGGCGGCGUCCUGUUCCCAGAUGUGCUGGUGCGGGAGACCGAGGCCGUCGUCCACAAACACCGCUCAGCUACCUACUGCGAGCAGCUGCUGCAGCACAUGCAGACCAUGGCUGCCGCUCGGUGACAUGUGCAGCGGCCACAUGGGCCCCGGCUCUCAGCAGGCGACACUGGUGACCUGGAGACCGUGCGUUUAAGACAGCCAUCCUUGGGACCCCACCAGCCACCAGAUGGUGCUUGAGCAGCAGAUCCUGUCUUUCCUAAGCAGACCUUGGGAUUUUAACAUACCCACUGUCCACAGAGGCCUCAGCUAAUAUUAAAGUUAAAUGUGCCUGCCCAUGCCAGCUUCCCAGUUAGCUGCUUGAACAGAACCUUUUUAAGUCUCCAUCACAAGCCCCAAGGAGUCCUGGGCUGCUUUCAUGCUCACCAAGAAUGCUCUUCCUGUAGCAGGAAAGCAAAGCAAUGGUAAAAACAACCCUCCACUUCCCCUGGGCUCUGUCCUGUCAUCCUAGGCUGAAGAGAAUGUCCAGUCUUGACACACUGAAGGUUCUCCUGAUGUUUGUUUUUCAACAAGGGUUUCUCUGUGAGCCUUAGACUGUUCUGGACGCACUUUGUAGAGCAGUCUAGCUUGAACUCACAUAGAUCCACCUGCCUGUGCCUUCCCAGUACUGGGAUUAAAGGUGUGUGCACCACCGCCUGGCUUCUCCCGAUUUUAAAUACACUGGAAUUUGCAAUGUGGGUGCACUGUCCUGGUGUCCGUCUCUCAGUGUUAGUGAUGCCUGUGGGUAAAGGAUAGACUAGGAAACCAGACCUCAUCCCUGCCACUUGCUUAUAGCAGCCAGUAAGACAGUCAUUCCCCAGUGUCUUUUCCACCAAGUGCCUAAAAGAUUUUUAAGUGGAAGUUAUCAGCAGCCAAUAUUUUUGUUAAGAUAAUGCAGGGCAUGGAGUAUUUUCCAACAAAUUUUAACAUUUCUGCUUUGCUGUUUGUGAAAUUAAAUUAUUUAU